AUGGCUGGUGUCGCCGCAUUUGGGAAUAAAAGAAUGAAUAGGUGGGUGCAAGCUGGAGGUCCUUUAUAUGGCGUUGGAGAUUUGUGGUCAACUGCUGGGAGAAAGUGGAAUUAUAUUACUUUUCUGAAAGUAGCAAUGUUCAUGAUUUCAAUGGCAUCUUCUUCGGACUCAUGGAUGAAGGAAUAUAAUGAGGCAACAAAACUUGCGGAUGAUAUCAAUGGUAUGAUAUCUGAACGGAGUACAUUGCCUGCAUUAGGUCCAGACGCUCAGCGUUAUGUCUCUGCCAUACGGAGGAAGAUUACAAUAUUAGGGACUAGACUUGAUAGCUUACAGUCCCUUUUAUCAAAACACCCUGGAAAACAGCCCAUAUCAGAGAAAGAGCUGAAUCGUCGGAAGGAUAUGAUCGGAACUUUAAGAUCGAAAGUUCUACAGAUGUCGUCAACGCUGACAUCACAUACUGCGAACCGAGACAGCUUGCUUGGGCCAGAAAUAAAUAAAGCUGAUGCCAUGGGAAGAACAGUUGGUCUGGACAACUAUGGCCUUGUUGGUCUGCAGCGACAAGUUAUGAAAGAGCAAGAUGAGGGGCUUGAGAAAUUGGAGGAGACUGUAGUAAGCACAAAACAUAUUGCAUUGGCAGUCAAUGAGGAACUUGACCUACACGCUAGACUUAUUGAUGAUUUGGAUGAACAUGUGGAAGUUACAGACUCCCGGCUACGGCGGGUGCAGAAGAACUUGGCAGUUUUGAACAAGCGCACAAAGGGUGGUUGCUCCUGCAUGUGCAUGCUUCUAUGUGUUGUCGGGAUUGUGGUUCUGCUUGCCGUGAUAUUUUUGCUGAUCAAAUACUUGUAA